AUGCCUGAAUCUUCCCACAGACACCAACACAAUCCAGCUUCUGAAAGUCCGUACAAUAACCCCGAUAGUAAUGCACCUCCAUUUUAUCAGUACCCCGCAAAUUUUGGCUUUCACCCAGUUACAUUGGCAAAUCACCAAGUAGCCUAUCAGGGAAAUGUGAUUUCUCCCAAUCACACCGUCUACCCACCACUUGUUGGGACUUAUCCAGCAAAUCUUUGGCCCCAUCAAGGCCCCCCUCCCUUGUCACCUUGCGCAUCCAUCCCUUUCAGCAUUAAUCAAGGACCAGUUGAAGUUCAUCCUCCCAUGACUAGCUACGCACGCUACGCACCCAACCUUCCUGUUCAACAACAUCCGUACCCUAUGUUCACCUAUCCACACACUCAAAUGAAUGUAGCAGCUUCUGAGUUCUUGCCUCAAAACUAUCUUCCUCCUCAACCAGUGGCCAACCAUGUUACUCACGACAAUGCGAUGACCUUACCACAACAUCUCUACUGCAGCCCUUCUCAGCAUAUGUACACCUAUCCGCACACUCCAAUGAACAGAUCAGCUCACGAAUUCUUACCUCGAAAUCCUCCUCCUCCUCCAGAAGUCAUCCGCCAUGUUACUCAUGAUCUCAACAAUGACAGCCAAAACGACCAUGAUCAACAUCAUCAAGUAACCCAUGCAGAUCCCGAUGGGGACUGGGAAUUAGAGGAAGAUGAGAUUCCAGAAACCGAGAUGACAAGCACUGUAAAUGAGUCUGGACAAAAAGACAAGAAUGUCGAAGACGAUGAGAAUGACAUUUACAAGAGAUCCUGA